CUCUUGCAUUGGGAACAUGGAGUCUUAACAACUGGACUGCUGGGAAAGUCCCUCCAAGUUCUUAGUUUUGAAGCUUCCCAUGGCAUCUGGAUCCACCAUAAUGGACCCCAUCUGUCUGGUAAGAAACCAGAACAACCAGCUGACAGUAAAUCCCAGAGCACUGAAGAUUCUGGAGCAGAUAUCUCAGCCUGUGGUGGUGGUGGCCAUCACAGGGCUGUAUCGGACCGGAAAGUCCUACCUGAUGAACCGCCUGGCAGGACAAAACCAUGGUUUCCAUCUGGGCUCCACAGUGCAGUCUGAAACCAAGGGAAUCUGGAUGUGGUGUGUGCCCCACCCCUCCAAGGAGAACCACACCUUGGUCCUUCUGGACACCGAGGGUCUGGGUGAUAUGGAGAAGGGGGACUCCAAAAAUGACUCGUGGAUCUUUGCCCUGGCCGUGCUCCUGAGCAGCACCUUUAUCUACAACAGCAUGAGCACCAUCAACCACCAGGCCCUGGAGCAGCUGCACUAUGUGACUGAAUUAACGGAGCUGAUCAGAAUCAAAUCAUCUCCCAUCUCUGAUGAUGUAAAGGACUCAGUCGAGUUUGUGAGAUUCUUUCCGGACUUUGUCUGGGCUGUGCGGGAUUUCAUGCUGGAGCUGGAGUUAAAUGGAAACCCCAUAACUGAAGAUGAGUACCUGGAGAAUGCCUUGAAGUUGAUUCCAGAUGCAAAUCCCCAAAUUCAAAAUUCCAACUUACCCAGAGAGUGUAUCAGGAAGUUCUUUCCCAAACGGAAGUGUUUCGUCUUUGACCGCCCUGCAAGUAACAGAAGACAAUUACUCCAUCUUGAGGAAAUACCAGAGAACCAACUGGAUGGGAAUUUCCAGAAGCAAUCAAAAGUUUUCUGCUCCUAUAUCUAUACCCAUGCAAAGGCCAAGAGCUUAAAAGAGGGAAUCACUGUCACUGGGACAAGGCUGGGAACUCUGGUGGAGGCCUACGUGUAUGCCAUCAACAGUGGAUCAGUUCCUUGUCUGGAGAACGCGGUGUCAAUUCUGGCCCAGCGUGAGAACUCAGCAGCUGUGGAGAAGGCAGCUGACCACUACAGUGAGCAGAUGACCAAGCGACUGAACCUCCCCACAGACACGCUCCAGGAGCUGCUGGAGGCGCACGCAGCCUGUGAGAAGGAAGCCAUUGCAGUCUUCAUGGAGCACUCCUUCAAGGAUGAAAAGAAGGAUUUCCAGAAGAAACUUCUGGUCAUGAUCAAGAAAAAGAAAGAAACUUUCAUGCUGCAAGAUGAAGAAGCAUCUGUCAAGUAUUGUCAGGCUGAGCUUAAGAAGCUUUCAGACCCCUUGAUGAAGAGUAUUUCAAAAGGAACUUUCUCUGUCCCUGGAGGACACUGUCGCUACUUAGAAGCAAGGAGCAGGUUUGAAGAGAACUAUAAACUCAUUCCCAGGAAAGGAGUUAAGUGA